AUGGGCGCCGGCAGCUCUAAGCCCGAAGGUUCGACUGGCUCGAAACAUGUUUUCACCAGCAACGCCCCCAUCCAAUUCUCCUCUAACCUCGUCGAGGCUCUCCAGACCAACACCGAGACCGACUCCUCCCGCGCCAAGAGCCUGGAACUGCAGAUCCAAGCCCGCGUAGCCCAGGAACUCGAGCGCCUCCGCGAACGCGAGCAGCAGACCCUCGCCGAGAUCGAAAAGCGCCUGGCAGAAGUCAAAGACAGCGCCCCGGCCGCUCCCUCAUCAACACCGAACGUCACCUACCCUGCCGGCUCCCUGAACCUUGACGCGCCGCGCAUCCCCUUCGCGGGCCGCGAGUACGAGUCUACCCCGGCACCUACUGCUGCCGCCGCCGACCAGCCCAUCAGCCGCGAUCUCAGCCGGGAGUCGGUAAAUGCGGAGAUUGAGCAGCUGCGGGCUAAGCUUGAGGGACGGCGGAAGCUCGUCGAGGUGGACGAGCGUGUUGAGCAGGCGCGGAACGAGGUUGUGACUUGUUUACGGUUGCACGAUAGACGGCCGUUGGAUUGUUGGAAGGAGGUUGAGGGUUUCAAGAAGGAGGUUGCCAGGCUUGAGGAGGCGUUUGUGGACCGUGUUGUCGGUUGA